GGAGUAGUUGUGGUUCUUGCUUACGCCAAACAGAAGUUGUCAAAAUUCGUUCUUUCUAUAACAGUGAACCUUAAACAUGUCGAUCCUUGGAACCAGAACAACAACCCCCAACCCCACCAUCACCAGCAACAACAACAACACCACUAACAUGGGUACCCCUUUCUUCCAUGAGUUCAAGAAGCAGGCUUCUUUCUUCCUCAGAGAGAAGAUCAAGAUGGCACGAUUGGCUUUGACCGAUUGUACCCCUGCACAACUAGAUAUCCUUUUGGUUGAGUUUGAAAGAUUGACAGAAGAUGCUACAAAUGAGAAUCAAUGGGCACCUGACACACGAACCAUGGGUUUGAUAUCGAGGGCUGCUUUUGAAGUUGAUGAUUACUGGAGAAUUGUUGAUAUUCUGCACAAAAGACUGUCUAGAUUUGACAGAAAAAAUUGGAGAGUUUCCUACAAGGCUUUGAUCUUACUGGAACACCUUCUGACCCACGGACCGGAGAGUGUCGCAGAGGAGUUUCAGACUGAUAAAGAUGUAAUUCAGGAGAUGGAGAGCUUUCAAUAUAUUGAUGAGAGAGGAUUCAAUUGGGGCCUCACUGUCAGGAAGAAAUCCGAGAGGGUGUUGAAGCUGCUGGAAAAGAGCCAACUCCUCAAAGAAGAGAGGGACCGAGCUCGCAAACUAACUCGUGGCAUUGAAGGGUUUGGCAGCUUCAGUCACCGGUCUUCAUCAACUGAAGCAACGAGUUUCAGAAACUCUUCCAUGAAAAUGUAUGAGAGGAAUCAUUCAGAAUCUAAUGAUCUUGAGGACAAUAAUCAAUUCUCCUUGGAUUGUUCUGAUGAAGGUCAGAAGAAUGAGAUGAUAAAGAAGCAGAUUGACAAAAGUCUUAAAGAAAAUAAGGCCCCAAUGGAGGAAAUUACUCCAGAACUCCAUGAAUGGGACUGCAAAAGAGAGUCAAUAUCUCUUUUGGAUAAUCAGAAAGAUGAAGUCAAUGUGGGAUUUUCAAUUGAAGAAGAUCAUCCAUUCAUCAAUUCUGAACUCCAGUUUACCACUUCCCUAACUACUACUUAAGGGAACAAACUCUUGCAAGGGUGUUUUGAGUCCUAUCAAGAGCGUCUGAAACCAGUCAAGUGGGAUGGACACCUUGUCUGCGAGUUAAUAAACAUGGGUUUGAAUCAGUGAGUUGCUUCAUGUUGAGUCUGAUUUUUUCUUUACGAGAAAAAGAGAUAAU